AUGGAUUUAAGAAAAGCAUUUUUAAUGGUUGGUAAAUAUCAACCUAAAAAAUAAAUCUUAUAUCAAAUGAUUGCAGAUUUUGAUUCUGAUUAAAGUGGUAUUAUUGAAUUUAGAGAAUUUGUUAGAAUGAUGUCUACACAUCCUGGUGAAAAAGAUACAGAUGAAGAUUUUAUAAAUGUUUUCUAUUAGAUUGAUUAAGAUUAUAAAGGUAAUAUUACUUUUAUUUUAAUAAGGUUAUAUAACAAUAGAUGAUUUAAGAGAAUUGUCUUCAGAAUGUAAUGAAAAUCUAAAGGAUGAACAAUUAUUAAGUAUUAUUUAAAGUUGUGAUUCUGAGGGCAAUGGAACCAUAAGAGAAAAACAAUUUGUUAGAUAUAUGAAAUCAUUACAAAAGAGAAGAUGA